AUGGCCACUGGAGUUAACAGAAAAAUUUCUGCAGCAUCAGCUCGUUCUCACACCAGGAGAGCCAACAAAUCCUCCUCUUUUCACCUCCCUUCUGGAAUACUUAGAACAACAGUAGCAGUGUUGGUUAUUGGGUUUCUAGCAUGGGCUUAUCAAGUUACCCAACCUCCUCCUCCUAACAUAUGUGGCUCUCCGGAUGGACCACCUAUAACCGUGCCAAGAAUCAAGCUAAGAGAUGGAAGGCAUUUGGCUUACAAAGAGCACGGCGUUCCUAAAGACGAAGCAAAGUAUAAAAUCAUCUCUAUUCAUGGUUUUACCAGUUGCAGGCAUGACACAGUGGUUGCCGACACCCUAUCCCCUGAUGUUGUUAAGGACUUAGGGGUCUACUUUGUAUCUUUUGAUAGACCUGGUUAUGGGGAGAGCGAUCCCGAUCCAAAUCGUACGUUAAAGAGCAUUGCUUUGGAUGUAGAAGAGCUUGCUGAUCAGCUGGGGUUGGGGUCUAAAUUUUACGUGGUCGGUGUUUCCAUGGGCGGACAAGUUGUUUGGAACUGUCUUAAGCACAUUCCUCACAGGCUAGCAGGUGCCGCGCUCUUAGCUCCAGUCGUCAAUUUCUGGUGGCCUGAUCUUCCUGCAAACUUAGCUGCUGAAGCCUAUAGCCAAUAUAAAUUACGUGACCGAUGGGCUAUUCGUGUCGCACAUUACACGCCAUGGCUAACGUACUGGUGGAACACUCAAAAAUGGUUCCCAAUUUGUAGUGCGAUUUCCCGUAGUCCAGAUAUUCUUUCAAAACAAACUUGA